CCUUCAUCUCACAGAGAGAGAAAGAGAGAGAGAGAGAGAGAGAGAGAGGAUCUAAUUCCAUACAAAUAACUUAUAGCUGCAGUUAUGGCUGAUAAAAGUGACAAGAUCAACCCAACAGCCAAGCUUCCCCCCGUCGCCGCCGCCACCAACGGCGGCGCUAAGUCACAGACUUACAAUGCCCCUCGCCCCAUGUACCGCCCCAAACCGCCGUCUCGCCGCCGCGGCAGCCGCAGCUGCGUCUGUUGCUGCUGUCUCUGGAUCACCUUCCUCGUCAUUAUUCUCGUCCUCCUUGUCGCCGGCGCCGGCGCCAUUUUCUGGCUGAUCUACCGCCCCCAGCGCCCCGAUUUCGUGGUCGACUCCCUCCAGCUCUCCCAGCUCGCCCUAACCUCCUCCGCGCUCACCUCCAAGUUCACCGUCUCCCUCUCCGCCCGCAACCCUAACAAGAAGGUCGAGUUCAUCUACGAUCCAAUUUCCGUCUCCGUGUUCUCCGGCGACGCCGCCAUCGGAUCCGGAACGAUACCUGGAUUCGAACACGGCGCCAAGAACACUACCGCGCUGAAAACUAACGUUGCGGCUGCCGGGGAGAGUCUCGACGCCGAUCAGGUUUCGGCGAUGAAAUCGGCGAUCAAAAACAAGAGCCGUUUCCCGGUGAAGAUAACGCUGGACACUAAGGUUAAGGUUAAAGCCGCCGGGCUGAAAACGAAGAGAGUUGGUAUCAGAGUAACUUGCGACGACAUUCGCGUCGCUGCUCCGGCCAAAAAGUCGCCGUCGAAAGCCACCAUUCCGAACGACAAGUGUAACGUUGAUGUCAGGUUCAAGAUCUGGAAAUGGAACUUUUGAAUACGAGUUUAAAUCUACAAAAAAAAAAAAAAAAAAACGGGUUGAUUUUUGUUCUACACAAACACAAUAAUUCUUUUUUUGUUAGAACAAAGAAGAAUUUUGUUGUAAUGAUACACAUACACAUAUACACAUACGUGUAAUUGGGUUUUGUGCAGUGUUUAGGAUUUGAAGGUGUGAUUCCUGCUUUAGAUAUUGUGCUUUGUGGAAAAAAGUUUGUACCAAAUGCCAAAUUAAAUUGUUGCAAGACUCAACUUGGUUUGCUUCA